GCCGAACAGAACGCAAAGGGCCGAAACCGGAAUUGUGGCUGCAAAAUCAAGUUCCUUGCUGGGAGGGCUGCUGCAGCAUAGCGAGUGUGUGCAGAGUUGUUUAGCGUCGUCAGUGCGGUCGAAGGUUGGGUCGCAAGCACAGCCCCGUGCAGGGUACGCGUCUCCCGCGAAAGGCUGAGAGAAAAAAAAGUAGUGAAAAACGGGCUCCCUCCCAUCCCCCCACACGCCCCCUCCACCCGGUGGAGAACGUAACGGUAUGCGUACGCUAGAGCGCAAGUAGCGUGUGAGCGAGUGUGUGUAGGCGCUACUAGGUAUGAUUGGCGUUCAGUUUUCGUCAAUUCCAUCCAGCGGAGAAGCGGAAAAGUAGUGAAAAAAAAGGUCAUCGUGCACAAAAAUUGCGCUGUGCGUGGCCCCACAAUAGUGAGUUUUGCUGGCGCUCCACGAGAAAGCUCGCAGCGCCGUGCGUGAAUGAAACGGUCGCGUUCCCGUGUGGAUAAUAAGCUGCUGGAAACCAGGGAAAAGUGUGUGCUGGUGUGCGCGUAUGUGUGUGACUACCUGUGCCAAUAAUCAUAAUAAUAAAAAAGAAAACAUUUCGAGUGUAAAAUUUACUACGGUGUUCGAGACACAAGUGGCGACGUGUACAAAAGUUUUCCGAGGCUCGCCCGCAAAAGCUUACACUUACUGGUCGUCUGCGUUGGAACGGAAAGAACAUCUUCUGCUUGUGUUGCCACAUUCCAGGGAAAAGUAGUGUGCGAAGUGUGUGCUGUGUGUUUGGAAAUUCGCGAAAGUGUGCAAUAGAAUAAGGGAAGGAAACCAGAGAACUUUUGUGCACAAAAGCCCCAACGGUUGAAAUAGUUUGCUGAAACGAGCAUCAUUUUCAGCCGACUGUACGAUUUUUCCUGCACACCGACACAUGCAAACACAUAUAUAUUUGCUUAUCCCCUUGUUCGAGGCCGCCGUUACCCGUGAUGUUACUGGGCGAAUCUGCAGACUCCACUGACCCCAUCAUCGGGAUCUAGUCACCGAAGUAAAACAAAAAAGAAAAGCUACAACUCCAACGCGGAAUCGGCAUCGGAAGCAUUCGCUGGCCAAUUUAAUAAUCGUUCAGAGGAGAAACAAAUGAUAACUACACACAAAAAAACCAACAACAACACUACAUACGACUAACGCAAAUCAGCGCAAUGCAGCAACAGUGUGAUAAGUGCUAAAACAAACAAAACUAAAACACACCACCGAGUUACGAAAAUCAUAAAACGAAACUGAAUCCACUGGAUAUAUUGCCUCCGGUGCACGGUAUUAAUGAUCAGCACCAACUGAUGAGGAAUAUGUUGCGGCAUUAACUGCUGCUAUCCAGCCCAUCCAGUUCAGUCAACCAUUUCAUACAUUAAGGAAAAAAAAGCGAAAAUCUGUGAUAUUUCCCACUCACUGGGAUCACCCUCCCUUUGGACACCGAGUGUUUGGGACCGACGUUUUGGGUGUGCCUACGGGCGUUAAAACUCCGUCCUAAGUGGGUGUAAAGGUGCUUCAUCUCCCUGCCAACAAAACUUAAGUUUAGGUUUGAUUUUAUGUUAACACGUUUUGGGAGAAUUGCGGUGCGAUAACGCGGAGAACCCAUCCUGAUCGUUGCCGUGUUGUACCUGCCGUGUAUUGAGGAAGCAUCUUACGAAAAGGACAUGUGGUGUGCAUCGUGUUUCCGGGUGGCAUUGAUAAAGGAAUACGGAAACACCAACAUCAGAUAAUAAUUAACUACACAGACACACGAAUCCAUUGAUAGUACAAUAAUAAGAGGGAAAAAUGAACUACUAAAGAAAAACGAAACAAUCUAAGCGACACGAAUGGAAACAGAUAGUGAAACAAAUGUGAACUUGUGGCAAAUCUUCCAUGUUGCAAGGUUUUGGUAAAAGGGAGCAUAAAAUACUCAACAUUACAAUCAACCAGUGUGAGUGUACGUAGUCUUUUAGUGCAAUACAAACUGAUCGUACCAGUAGUGCAAAAGGUUAUGCAGUCAUCCAUGUGGUGAUCCUCGCAUUUAGUAAAAAAAAAUCUCAAUUCUCGGUUCACCUACUCGUGUCGUGUAUCUGCGUGUACGUACAUGUGUAUGUGAGCAAAUAGUGUGUGACAACAAAAACUUAUCACUACAAAAAUAUGCUUUAUUUACCGAGUAAUGUAUCGUGGUGCAAUUGAAUGAUUUUGCCACAGCCAGAAGCUUAGCUUUAAUGUAAAAUUCGUGUUUCAAGUUAUCGUAUGCCGUUAACCCAGUGAUAAGUGUGAUAAGUGAGAUUUGUCGCUCGAUCGAACCACGUUGGCAAAGUGUGAAAAGUGCUGAUCGACGUUGAUCGACAAAAUAAAACAAUCGGGCAGCAUAAAUGGUUGGAGUUUUAUAGCGCGAAUUGUGCUAUAAUUGUGUUUGUUGCACCACCGAGAAAAAAACAAGAGAACAAGGCUGUUUUCAACCGUAACCGACACGUUUGCAAGUUCUUGUUUGUUGUAAUUUCGCGUUACAUUAAAAGGCGUGCUAACGUCCUAGACAUAUCCAUCACUCAAGCAACACAAUCGCUGCAGUGUUUUCGUUUUUAUCGUGCAGAAUAGAACAUUUGCGGUUAAAACUACACGUGUACGUGAAUGUGAAUGUCGCCUCUGCAAAUCGAAGCAUUAUUUCAAAAAUAUGGCGAGACAUACCAACAAACCUGGCACAAAGUAACGGAUUGUGCUGUACGACAGUUUGCGGGUUAAGGCCACUCAUUCAGGUGCACAAAUUGUGGCAGCAAAAGCUCUUAACUAUCUCGCGCCGUGUACUGUAAACGAAGUGCGUGUGGACCAAGUACGAGUAGUAAAACAUAGGCGGUUGCAAAUUAAAAUGCCGCCACAAACAAACAACAAAUAACUCAGCAAGAACGAAUGAAAGUCUGACAGGAUAGCUUUUUAUGUAUGUUCUCCCCGUUGGUCUCCGGUAGCAAAACAAGUGUUACGAUUCGUACAGCGCUACAAAAGAGGGAAAGCUUUAAAUUAUAAAGGCCUCCCUCAGGUACGGCUGAUGAACCUACAACCACCACCAAACCAAGCGUUUAAAAAUAAUUAACAAAUUAUUACAGUGACAAGAGCGUCGUCUGAGAAGGAGAGAAAUUUUAAAAGUGACAACACAAAAUUAAACCCCAAAUUAACGAAACGCCAUACGUUCCGCGCCAAAAACAGAAACACGAAAAGACGAACAAACGAACAAACAAAAAACAUUACGCCGUUACUACUAUGAGAUGUGAUUUUCUUGAUUACCUGACUAACCGUUAACGUGUUAGCAUUAAUUUUAAAAGUAUUUGUAUGACCGGGUGUGCGUGAUAGAGCUGGGUGUGAAUCAUCAUUUUCUUACGGUGGUGUUAGGAAUCAAACCGAUAUUAUCACCCACAAAAGUGCUAUAAUAAAGGUUUGCGAUUGGAUUGGAUCGCACAAAUUGCAAACGGUUUGUUUGACGCAAAUUAUACAACUCACAACACACGCACACACGCAAUGAUGAAUACGGACCAAACCGUAGAACAUAAGCUAAUUCGGAAGUUAUCAUUCGCUGCGAAGGAUGACACGGAAAUGAAGAAAUUUAUGAAUCAACCAAACGAUCAUACAAUGAUGCAAAAGAUCAUGGAUCGUCACGAUCAAUACACAUCGUUUGACGAACUCGUGCGGCUGACGGAACGAAUGCGAAAACUGGAAGCUCAAGGUCAUUGGAUUGGACGUACUGGAGGCCUAUGUGGUGGUGGCGAAAGUUCCCUGAACGGUGGUGCUUGGGGUUCACCGCCCGGAGUCGGUGCUGGUGCAGUUGGUGCUGGUGUUUCCGGCUGGAGUGGAGCUUCGGUUGGCAGUUCGCAACAAGUACCACAGCAACCGUCCUGGAACAGUGGACAGGCGAGUAUGCCACCGCCUGUUGGACCACCCGGCAGUGGCCCAAGACAGGAACUGUUGGGCAAAGCGUCCGGUGGUAAUGGUGGAUCACCUAUGGUUGUUGGAGGUAAUGCUGUUAGCGGACAGAGCGGUACCGGUGGAUGGAAUCAGGUGGUUAAUCCGAACAAGCAAUCCUCCUCCCAAGCCAUGAUUGGACAGCAGCAGCAGCAGCAACAACAGCAACAGCAACAAGUUCCAGGUUCUAAUCAACAAAAUUCCGGUCCUAACGCUAAUCUACCCCAGCCAGGCAAUGGAAAUCCACAGUCUGCUGGAGCUGUCGGUGGAACUGCUGGUAGUAGCGGUGGUGUUGCUGCCGCCAUUGCUGCCGGUAGUGGUGUUGCAGGUGGAGCUACAGGUGGUGCCAUGGCCACAACAUCCUCCGCCAAGCUGGAACAUCUUAACUCGAUGCGUGAGGCACUGUUCGCCCAAGAUGGUUGGGGUUGUCAGCACGUCAAUCAGGACACACAGUGGGAUGUGCCGAUAUCUCCGGAACCCGCUACCAAACCGGACCCUUCCCUGAAGGCCACGGUGAACAAUGGUACGGAGCUGUGGGAAACUAAUCUUCGUAAUGGCGGUCAACCUCCUGCGCAGGCACCGUCACAGAAAACACCAUGGGGUCCGCAAAGUCAUCAUGGUGGAACAUGGGGAGUAGACGAUGAGAGUAGCGGUGAGGCAAGCAACGUAUGGACAGGUGCCCCAGGUGCUCCGGGUGGUGCAGGCAGCAUUGUUGCUAGUGCGCUUGCCGGUACUGCUGGACCACCGCCGGUCGGCGGUAAUCCCGGUGCACUUGUUGGAGGUCAAGUUGGAGGGGCUGGUGGUGGUUGGCAGCAGGGUGCAGCCGCCGGUCCGGCCGGUGUUGGUGGAGGUGCCGGAGGCCCUGUCGGCGGUGGUAGUGGUAUGUGGCAGGGCGGUCCAGGACUUCCCGGUACGGCUGGAAUUGCUCCACCGAAAAAGAACGAUAACGAUUGGAGCAGCGGGCCGGGUGGUGUUGGUAUUGGAGCGACAAGCGGUGGAAACGGUGGUUGGGGUGAAACGCGUGGAAAUGUUGGUGCAGGUUCGGUUGGUGGAAAUGGCCCGAACACGGGCGUUCCGCCGCAUCUUGCUUCCCAACUCGAUGGAUUACCAAAUGUCGACAUCCGGAGCAUGCGACCACCGGGUGCUGGUAGUAUCGAUCAGAGCCGUGAAUUUCGGGGUGAUCCACGAGGUAUUUCUGGCCGCCUGAGCGGAUCCACAUCCGGCAUGUUGGAACAUUAUCCGAUGGGAAAAAUGCCCCCACCAGGUGCGAUGUCCUCGGCAGCAUCAACAGUCGGUGCGGGUAACAAUCAGUGGCCUCUCGGCGGUGGCGGUGGCAGUGGUGUCGGUAGCAGUGGAGGACCAGUUGGCGGAGGCAUUCCUUCAAACAUGCCACCAACUAAUAAACCGGUUACGGCCGGUUGGGACGACAAUUCACCGCCGGCCGUGCGCCGUAAUCCAAACAUCGAUGAUGGAACGGCGCUGUGGGCCGCUGGAGGACCCGGUGGUGGUCGAUCAGGCGGAGGAGUACCGGACAGUCAGAUCGUCGGUCGCAAUGGGCGCAACGGUCCGCUGGGUGGAUUGAACACAGGUCCUAUUGGUGGUGGUGGUGGUCCUGCAGGUGGCCCUGGUGGAUUGGGAGGUCCAGGUCCGCGAAUGGUCGGUACUGGACCGGGCGGAAAUCCUCUGAAAGCGGAUAACAGCAACAUGUGGAUGGGUGGACAUGGAGCGGGCGGUGCCGGAACUUCUCGCAAUGGAUCGUGGGAUGAUCCUUCGAUUGGCGGCACAGGCACGAACAAUUGGGAUGAUAAAUCUGGCGGCGGUGCGGGUGGAUCACUCGGUGGAGGUGGUUCGUGGAUGGAUGGAACUGCACCGGGUGCAGGCAUUCCCGGAGCAGGCAAUCAAUCGUGGAACGCUAACAAAAAACCGCUCGGUGGGGCUGGUGGUGCCGUUUGGCCGGAUUCAUCGGCUGGAGCGGAUCUGAUGGGUAACGACUGGAAUGUCGGUGGUCCAGGUGUCGGUGGAGCCAAGAUGACGAAUAAACCACCUCAUGGACCGUUGGAGAUCAUUCGAAGCAGCAAGCAGUAUCGCAUCUUAUGCGAGAUGGGCUACAAGAAGGAAGAUGUGGAGUUCGCGCUACGUGCUGCAAAUAUGGUGAUUGAGGAAGCUCUUGACUUGCUGCAACGAAAUGGCUCCCUGCCAAAUGUAACCGGCAUGGGCAACGCUUCGUCAGGUGGAGAUUGGAGAAGAGAUGAGGCACAUGCGCAGCUUGGUGGAGGUGGUGGUGGCGGCGGUGGCGCAGGAAGUGGCAACGUUGGCGGUGGUAAUGGUGUCUUUGAACCGCUUUUCGGUAACCGUUACUUGGGUGGCGGUGCUGGAGGAGGCGGCAAUGGUGGUGCAGGUGGUAGUGGACACUCUAUGCAUUUCCAACAGGGUAAUCAGAAUGGUAUGCCCGGAGGCGGCUCUGGAGCCUUGGGAGGAGCAGGUGGAAAUCCAAAUUUGUCCGGAUUGCACGGUCUGUCGUCUAAGUCGCUUGGUAGCUAUUUGAAUCAAGCUCCACCUCCCAUGGGUGGAUUAGGCGGACAGAGCAACUCCAUGACUCCGUUCAAUCAAGGUGGCGGAGGUGGUGGAAAUAAUGCUGUGGGAGGCGGUGGUGGAGGUGGACAAAACUCGGUACAACCGACCACUCAACUACGGUCGCUCGUUCAGCAGAUCCAGAUGGCCGUACAGACCGGAUAUCUUAACCCGCAGAUACUUAACCAACCGUUGGCUCCACAAACGUUCCUGCUGUUGAAUCAAUUGCUGAGCAGCAUUAAGCAAUUACAAGUCACUCAGAGCAAUAUGCAGCGUGGUGGCGCUGGAUCGAAUAAUCAAAUCGCGAUGAUUUCCAAGAUCAAACAACAGAUAGCCAGUUUGCAGAACCAAAUUGCCACCCAGCAGACGCUGUACGUGAAGCAACAGCAGCAGCAACAGCAACAACAGCAGCAACAGCAACAGCAGCAGCAACAACAACAUUCACAUCAGCAACAACACCAACAACAGCAUCAGCAGCAUCAGCAGCAGCACCAACAACAUCAGCAACAACAUCAUCAACAUUCGUCUGUUGGUAAUCCAUCGUCCCAUCUCGGCGGUGGACAUCUUGGUGGCAAUUUCCAUCGCAAUGAUCCAAACGAGCUGAGCGCACUGCAGAACAGUCUGUCGGAAAUGGCACUGGGCAAAGAGCACAAUGGACCGUACUUGUCCGGACCGCCGGUGGUCAGUGGCGGUGGCGGUGGUGGAGGCACUGGAACCGGUCCAACCAGUCAGCAAUCGCGCUUGAAUCAGUGGAAGCUGCCGUCAAUGAUGGAUAAGGAUAACAAUCACGAUUUGACGGAUUUUUCGCGCGCUCCUGGAUCUACGGCCAAAUCGGUUGGGCUCGGUGGUAACGGUGGAGGUGCCGGUGGAAUGGCUGGACUGGGUGGUUUACAAAACGAUGGCACCUGGUCCUCGGGACGGGCUGGCAUGACGGAUGGCUGGCCAGAUAAUGCAUCAUCCGAUCUCACUGGCAAAGAUUGGCCCUCCAAUCAGGAUUCGUUCUCUGAUUUAGUGCCAGAAUUUGAACCUGGAAAACCAUGGAAGGGCACUCAGAUGAAGAUUGAGGAGGAUCCCACGAUCACGCCGGGUAGUAUUGCCCGUAGUCCUAUCGCUUCGAUAUCGGUUGGUGCAGCGAAGGAUUCAGAGCUUUUUGCGUCUAGCAGCAAACCCUCACCGACCGAUUCGAUUAGUCUGUCCUCGUCGACCUGGAGCUUCAACGCGAGCAGCAACAAUUAUUCAUCCUCUACCAGUGCUGGUGGUAUGGGUAAACUCGGAGGUCCGUCUAAGAACACGUGGUCCGAUAGUGGUGUUACUGGGGCAGCAUCCGAUGUUUGGGGUGCCGGACUCAGCGGUGGUACCGGAGGGCCUGGAACUAACAGUGCGUCGAAAACUCCACGAGGUCCACCUCCAGGACUAUCAUCUGGAAAAGCAACUGGCAGCGGUAGUGGUGUGGGUACAGGUGGUGGUGGUCCGGGCAGUAAUGGAUGGAUCCAAAGAACAGCAGGACACGGUCAGGGAGGAAAUUGGUCGGGCGGUGGUGGUGCGUCCGGUACCUGGUACUCAACCUGGUUGUUGCUAAAGAAUCUCACCGCACAGAUUGAUGGAUCCACUUUGAGAACACUGUGCAUGCAGCAUGGACCGCUGCAAAAUUUCCAUUUGUAUCUUAACCACGGAAUUGCUUUGUGCAAAUACUUGACCCGUGAGGAAGCGAACAAAGCACAGCUGGCGCUUAAUAAUUGUGUGCUCGGCAAUACGACCAUCUGUGCUGAAUCGCCUACAGACAGCGAGGUACAGACGAUUUUGCAACAUUUGGGAUUGCCGGGACAAAAUGGAGGAAAUGUAAGUGGUAACACCAGCGGUGGUACAGGCCAGAACACAACAGCCGGCACUGGUGGUAUUGGCAACACAAACAUGGCACAAACUUGGCGCUCAAAUGGGCCAAUUACUGGACGUGUCACCGAUACCUGGGGCCCGUCAUGGUCGUCUUCCGGUGGAGGCAAUAAUCUGUGGACGCCACUGGAUGGUCCGACUGAAAGGGGUACUCCAUCGAAUUUGAACUCAUUCCUUCCGGAGAAUUUACUCGUUGGCGAGCUUAAUUGAACUGUGACCAGCAACACCAGCAAUAUGAGAACUACGGUUUGAAAAGUGAUGUGCUUUCGCCAUUCGUCAAGCGUGUCCGGUGAAUUUCCGAACGGAAUUAGUGGUAAGUUUUUAAAAAAAGCAACGUUUUAUGCGGAACAAUCCAGAAGAGCAAGCAGGGAACCUUCAACCCAGAUUGGACGCUGUGUUCGGGAGUUAGUUUUAACUUUGUAACGUAAAGUAUUGUGAUGCGCUUUCAAGCGACACUCAAACCAUGGGCGGUUGUACACUACACAAUCCUCGAAUCUGUGUGUGUGUGUGUGGUGCGUUGUAAUGUUUUAGAACAUAACUAGUUAAAACGGACGCAACCAUAAUCAAACGCUUAGACCAAUCAAUAAGUGUUAUUCCCGUUACAGAAAAAGAAGGUACAAAUGGUUUUGUUGAUUAAUGUUUAAUUUUCACACCGCUUUUUAUGUAAAUGCAAAUAAGCAAUGCUUUUUGAAGCAAACGAGUAAAUUAGCUGUAAGGUGUGUGCGUACGCCGAUGAAAGUAACAUACUUCUGCGUUUGGUGAAUGCACAAGGUCACAUUAAAAUGCGACAGAGUGGAGAAGGAAAAAAAAUCAACCUAUCACGAAGUGCGCUCUGUAGAGCAUUCUACUAUAUAUUCGAUACAAACAAAUACGUUAGAAUUCGAAAUCAUCACAGGCAGACAGGAUUAUGAUUGAAAAACAACAACAUAAAAACGAGUGAAAGAUCGUUUAAAAUGUAAAACAACUUACCUAAGCAGUAACGAAUAUAUACCGUGCGUUUCAGGAACAUGUAAUACAUAUGAAAUGACGUAUACUUUAAGGCAACAUAUGAACCUGUUAGUUUACACCGAAGAAACAGAUACAACCAGUAGGGUGGAACUAAGACGAACCUUGCUUCCUUUCCACAUGGGUAGCAAAAGUGGCAAAUUAUGCGAUGAGUAUGUAAUAAGUUUUCGUCGAAGUUCUGAUUGUUUUUUUUUGCCUAAACUAUUUAUUUGUUACAGUUUUUAGUUUCAUUACUUAGUUAAUUUUAUGCUCGACCAAUGAGGAGCUAAGUGAAUGGAUGUUAAAUUAAUUGUUGGUUAACCAAUGGUAACAGGUGAGGAGAAUUGAUAUACGAAAACGCUUAUGUUUGUACUAGAACAAAACCUACCUCCCUUUUUUCCCCAUCUCCUCCAACCCGUUCCCGUUCCAUCUCGUUCCAACAGCUAACAUCGUAUAAUGUGCAUUUACUAAGUGUAGUGAGGAUAGUGAAACAGGGAACAAAUCUUUACCAUUUAUUGGAAGGACACUAAAUUUGAAGCACCCUCGUUCAGUUGUUUAGAGGGCUGAAUUAAAAACAAAGAGAAAAAAACAGAACGUAGCAAAUAAAACCAAAAAAGUUCGGUAAGGUUUACAAACAGAAAUUGAAACAAAACCAACAAACAAAACAAAAAAAAAAACUAACACCGGAGACUAUUGAUCUCAUGUUAAGGGAUGGGCUUCCGUUCAUAAACCAGUGGUCGAUUGGAGUAGCAUGAAUUAAUGGAACCGUCAAAACAUUAUUCACCUAAUGACACGGGCUUACAGCCAACCAGAGAUGAAUCAGAUUUCCAAUAAUUGUAUUCUAAAAUUUUCAUUCUGACGAAUGUAAUGCCAUUAUUAAUACGUCCACUUCACGUUCGUAUUUUGUUCCUGUUCGAUUGUAAGGUACAACAGCAUGGAUAGAGAUGGGGUUUUGGAAUUAACAAUGGGACCGCGAGAUUGACGCACAGUCGUCGAAACAAAUGCUAUCUGCCAGUUUGAGCGUAUAUCAGAUAGAGUGAGUGUACUUUAAACGUUGGCAAGGUUGUGAUUUUCUAAACCAGGCUUACGAGCAAUGAAUGUAGUAGAAAGAUGAUCAUUAUACACUCAAACCUAGGUUUAUUUUCUGCAAACCUUGCAUACAUUACUCACCAAACACUUACAACCGUCUACAUAUUUAAGUGUCACCGGUGCACUGUAAACUAUUGUCACCGUAGAUUUAAUACGCUUCAUUUAAAGCUGCUACUGAUAUACCGUGAAUCUAUGUUUUACUAAUUUUAAAAAUCAUCUCCAAACGCUGCCUUUAUUAGUUUGCAACGUAUCGGGUUAGAAUAUGUUCAUUGAUGAUUGUGUUAAAUUAUUACCUUAACGAAGUUCUUUACAUUAUGCAGUUUGCUUACGUUAUUAUGAUCGUUUCGAAUAUUUUUCUAUUCCACAUUCCUAGUAUGAAUUUAUGAUGAAUUUGUUUUGUAUCUUUAAAUAUGGGUUUAAGUAAGAAAAUAUAUGUGAUUUUUUCUCAUGUUGAAUGUGACUAAGCUAUCUUCGAAUGCGCACAUAUGUUUUCUACUCGAUACAUCUACGAUACGAUAAACGCACACCGAAUAAUGUUUGAAGAAUGUAAUGCUUUACAAGGGAACUUCCUUGUUGUUACGUUCGCGAGAGAACACGCACAGAAUGAUUAGUGGCAGGCACAAAGAAUGAUGUAAAGAGGUAAACGUUCCCCUUAUCACUACUCUUGUGCGUAAGUAAUCUAAAGCAAUAUUUCAUGUUAGCAUAUAGUAAGAAUCACGCUACAGAGAAAGAGAGAGAGAGAGAGCAUGAAAUAAAAUGAGCAUUAUUAUUAUUGUUUUAAGCGUAAACUUUCCACUCUUCAAAAAGGGAACAGUGAAUGUUUAGAUGCGCAUCCUUAACACGUAGCUUAAGGAUCAGCGUGUAUGGUUUAAAUCCAUUCGUCAAAUUGCUUAUUGUUAGUGUCUUUCGUCGCAAAUGCAAACGAAUCCGAAGCUAUGGAAAGGAUAUUGGCCAAACAUGUGAUAACAAAAUUAAAGAAUGGUUGCAAACCAAACACUCCAAUAGCUUUCACCGUACGAAUGAAGUAAAACAGAAGACAGCACAGAGGCAAACUAUUGAAGGAUGGAUUAUUUACUAAAACAAACAUGAACAUUGGGUAUGGAAAUGCAAAAACCAAAUCGAAUUACCGAUAUAUUCCAAAUGAAUGUUGUGUAGUGACGGUGUGAAGAUUUGUAUUAUUGUAUGUGUCUUUCGUGUUUACCUCUUUGGGUGAGAACUGCAGAAGAGCUAGCAAUUUAUUUUGGAUUGUUUUCAUUGCGUCUAUAUUUAUAUGCUGAUUCACUGAUUGUCUUGUGACAACCUGCCAAACCCAUGGCCUCAGGAAGUCCAAAUUUAAUUUGCAUUUCCUAAUGAAGAAAAGUUGUCGGAAGGCGAUCAUUGCAAGAUGCUGCUUGAUGGAACGGUGUCUUCAAUAGAAUAAAGAGGGAACGGGCGUAUGAAACAAACAAAUCUACUAGAAUGCUUGAAAAAUCUAUUUCCAGAUGAACGUUUGUUAACGAAAUGCUAUAACAUGGGAACACCAAUGUGUUGCAUGGCUGAUGAUGCGAAUAAAGUGUACAAACGAUUUAGCAAUGUAUUUGUGAACACAAGGCAACACAAUAAUGUCACAAACUGUACUACAUCUAAUGUUGUGCAGAUACCUAUACCCAUAUGAAGAAAACAAAAACGCGCAACAUUUGCUAAUUGUAAUACAAAACAGAAACACGAAAGCAAAAAGCGUUUUAUGACGAACCUGUGCAAGUAUUUGAUAAGCUGGUGGUAGAAAUAUGUUCUUGGUGCAAACUUAUAAUGAAACGAUAUCAAAAUAUGUGUGAAUGUUUGGUGGGAGAUUUGAAGGGAAUACAGUGAAAUUUUAUCUAGAUAUCAUAAGAAAUGAGGCAACAUUUGAGGCAUCACACUUAGCAAAGAAAUGCAAAAAGAAAAACGGGGGAUUGGGAAUAUAUUUUAGUAUUUAAGUACACUAAAACUCAAUGCAUAGCGCAGAGACAGAAAGAUUCUAUUUAUAUAACAUCAUUAUUAGUGAUUAGGCAUAUAGCAAUACACCGAUAACAAGGAAAUGACAUGAAUUUAAUCCAUGCUUCUUGGUCGCAAGUGAAGUUGGUGGAAAUUUUUAAAAUUUAUGACAAUUGUGCAACACAAGCGAAACAUGAAUGGAACAGAGUAUCUGUAAUACUUAUAUCAUAUGAUUGUAGUGUACAAUUGAAGAAAAAUGUACGACACACAACUAUAAAAUACUCAUACGAUUAAAACAAUCACGUAAAAAGCAAAAUGGAGUAGAAGAAAAAAUGGCGCUGCCGAUAAGGGGCGAUCCGACAUUGGAUGAACUAUCAUUGCACAACACAUAAAACGAACAAGCAGGUAGAGCGAUUGAUAACUCCGAACAUUAUUCAUAAUGCAGCAUGGCAAAUAACACUGAAUUAUGACAAUAUAAUUAAAACGGCAGAAUUCUGAUAAAAAAACGAUAUUGAUGUUGAUAAAGUUUGUGUAUGAUUGGGGCUAGGACGGAAUUUGUAGUUCUGCAGGUAUUCUCCAUCAGCCUAUCGGACUAAUGAUAUGUAUCGAAAACAGCUUUAUUACAUUAUUGUUUCAUUUAUUUCCCAAUCAUGUAUUCGAUUCGAUGGAACUCUGUAGUUGGACACUUGCCUGGUCCUCAUCUUUAGACUAUUUUUCAAUGGAAUAUACUUUACUAAAUCGAUUCUGACGAUACCUGAGCGAAUGGAAGGGGAAAGUAGAACAAAACUACAAUUAUAAUAUGCACUAAAAUUGGUAGUGAGUUGCUGUGAAGUCUUUUGAACCGAUUUUAUUUAACUGGUAAUCGGAUCGUUUUGCAAACAGCAUAAUGCCCGAUCGUCCAUUCUAGUCACAAUGUGGAAAGCAUGCCUAUAUGGUGUUUACAAAUAGUAAACCAGAUGAAAAACAAAGCCAAAUUUUUGAUCUACUUGUUUAGAUGUUCAUGAUCAAAAACAAUCAAAGAAAAACAAAGAUGAAAUCAUAACAUUUCCAUCAUAAGCGCUGAAUAUAACACUAAAGAAGAAAGCAGAAGCAACAUACAUCCAGACAAACUAAUCGUUUUGUGUUCCUUGUUCUGUCCAAAUACUGACCCCUCAGAAACCUAUAUUUGCAUGGGGUAAAACCAUAAUAACUGUACUAUUUUCCUCGUCUUUAUUCUAAGUGUGAAGUGUCAUUUCCUACAUUAACGUAGAAUCUACUAUUAACCUCUAUCGGAUAAUGCUGUGUUACAUACCAACUUACCUUUUUGCAUGGUGUAUAUCCUGUCCGAAAGGUGGCAAACUAGAAAAUGCGUUUCAAGUUGUGUUUAGAUGAAUCAAUCCAACCCUUCACUUGAAAACAAGACUAAGGUUGAUAACACGAAGUGAAUAUUGAAAGUAAUCAAUGCAAAGGUGCUCUUUCAGAUGUAACAAUUAACGAUAAGCUGAAAAAAGGGAGAAAUCAAUUGUGACUGCAUGGCGACAUCGAUAAACAUCGAUGGCAAGGAUAGCGUGUAGUCAAAACGAGGGAUUUAUUAUGAAAUAAAACGUACGGGACGUAGCAUCAACUAUCAUCAUCAUCCUAUACAUGGAAAAUCAAAGAACAAAUACUGCUUUAUGGUAGCAUCACUGAAGGUUAAUCGCAUUAACCAAGAUGAAUAAAAAGAGAGAGAGAGAGAAAAAAAAACACAAGCUAGACCCGCCACAUAACGAUCGAAAAUAAUUGAUAACCAAUACAUUCUAACCGCCGAUAAAGUGUGUGAUCAAGUUUAGUAAUUGCAGAAACCAUGAAUGUAUUUUAACGAGAUAUUAUGAGCCGCUGAUAACAGCAACAAAAAAAAAUAAGAAGAAAAAUCUGCCCAUCGUAAUGUAAGGAAAUAUUUGCGCAAUUACAUGUAUAAGAUAUAAUGUUAUCAACAUUUAACUAAACGUACACUAUCGAUGAAAAGUAACAAAUAACUUAAAUAAGUUUAACGAAAAUGUGACAUGCCAUAAACUCCAAAAAAAAGGAAAAAAAAGACGAAAAAAAUUUAGUAUUAUACGGCAGUACAUCCCAAUUGAAGCGUUAAAGCGAGGGAAAGGGUUUAAAAAAUAAAACAAGUCCAAUGCGCUCCAAAUGAAUGCGAAAGAGAUAGCAAUUUUAUCCUAAUCGUCUGUAAAAUGCAGCUAGUUCUGGCAUACUAAAGGCCUAAGAUGGUAUUCGAAAUGGAAGCGGGCAGAAAAUAAGAUAAAAUGACCAAAAUUACUUGAGAUAUGAUGUAUUUCGCCAAACAGUUACAUAACACUUGUUAAAUGAAACAAGGCAGACCACUAAUAAGACAUGACAAAGGGGAUGAACCAAUACGACGAAAUCUUACUAAUACGACUAACUGCUGCAAUCACAAGAGGCUCAAGCAAAGAAGAAAAAAAAGGUAGACAAGACACAAAGGUAAAAUAGUGUUUAAAAAAAGGUUCCAACGGAACAAACACAAUACAAUAAAUAAGAAUGUUUUAGAUAUAGCUUUCGAUGUGUCGUUAGUGGAAGAUAUAAACAUAACAUCAAUAAACGUAAGGGAUGCAUCGGUUUUGCAAUAGUUCCAUUCUCCAGACAGGAUAUGAUGAAUUCCACAAGGCUGUGCUCUGAUGUGUGUUGUAUGUAUGCACAAAUAAUAGGAAUGAAGCCACGCGCACACGUUUCUCAUAAUUUCAGGGAACUAAGUUUAUAUGGAACCUUCUACUAGCAUUAGCUCUGUACGCAAGUUAUGACCCUUUUUUCCGUCUAUUUAAACCAGAGCAGACAAACGGGAAACAGGAAACAGGAAACAAUAGCAUUCACAUAGCUUUUGGUUAGAUUCAAGGCAACAAUGGGGGAAUGAUAGUGAAGAUGAAUAGAAACAUCUAAUACAAGCAUAAAAUGCCAUUAGUUUGCAUAAUCAAAACAGAGAUCAUUAGUGUGUAGUGCUGUUCUUCGAUAAGGUGUAAAAUUCCAUUCUCUACGUGUCUAUAUGUGCAUGCUCUUGUACUUGAAUGUGGUAGCUUCAUAUCAAUGUAUCUUCCAACGUUAAAAUAUGUUAACCGAAUGUGUACAAUUUCUCUCCGAUCGAUGUGUAAACCGUAUUAUCCAGCCUAGGUACGAAACGCGUCCAUGUGGUUUGAUAAAGCUAGUUCUUUCGUAAUAGUUCUGAUGCAUCUGUGAAACAAUGUUCGCCUUCUUAAUGUACUUACAAAACACAGUCAAGCGAUAAUCAAAAGCCAAGGUGUAGGACCACAUCGGGGUAGGGGAAAUGCAUUUUACGUGAUAGUGCAGCGACAGGACGUACUGCGUAAGUUAAAUGACAGUUUUCUUUUCCCAGCAUGGGUUAGUAUUUCCCAACCUUCUAGUUAGUGACAAAUUAGGAACCUCUUUGAACCGAUAUAUUUGAAUAUUCUGGUCCUUAUUAAGAAAAAAAGAAAACAUCAUUCAUUUUUGUAAUAUUAGCUUUACUUUUUAAAAGCAUUUGAUACGUGUUUAGCGACCUUCUUCACACAACGAUUCCGUGUUUAUGUUCGGAAAACUUCCAACUUUAGUCGAUAACAUUACGAACACAGUUAUUUACGCAACUUUGUUUGGUAUCGCGCGCGUUCAGAGUACACAUUUUACGGGUUAAUUAUGUGAUUAUUACAAGUGAUCUAUCGCUGUGCAAUUGCUUACGAAUGAGUGCAAAGUAAUAGUGACCGGUUUAGUUAACAUUUAAGAUCUUAAACGAAAUGCGCAGGAUGAUAGUGAUUGCUGUCUUCCAAUAAAAGGAAAGCUAAAGAUCGUACAUAUUGCUCUCAUUUGACCAAUCUGGCUUUAGAGGUGAUGAUUUAGGGUUUUUUUCUGUCUUGUUUGUUGUUGUGAUGAUGAAUGAAAAUAUUUCCAGGUGCUGCGUAAUACAUUUAUUUAGGGGUCUUAAGUGCCUAGUGUUUGUUUUGAGUUUGGUUUGAUGAUAAAAUAAAAACAAAUCAUUUGUGCAAUCCAGUAUACAUCAACUUGCGUUACCAACUCGUAAGAUUCUUCUUAAACUGAAGUAAAUAUCUAUCGUAAUUUAUAUUCGUUUUGUCAAUGGAACAAACUAGAGGGCUGGUAUAAAUAUUCGUUUUGAAAACAAAACAAAAAAAUAACAUAAUUAGAACAUUAAAACAUGUGUUUAAACAAGACAGACAGUGCCUUAAAAAACUGCCACCUGGACGAAGGCUUUGCCAAGCUGCGGAACAAUACGUUCCCGCAAGCGUUCAUUUCUCCACAUCGCUCAUAAAAUCGAGAUAUGGCUAAACAAAUUUGUACUCCCAAGAACAAAAAAAAAAACAAAAUCAAACGGGCCACGACGAAUCGUGUACGCAAAACUGGUGCGUACAAUUUGGUGCAAAAACCGACCCCGAGCUUACAGUGUUAACCAAAACCUGUAGAGUGUUAGGAGAUAGAAUAUCUUUCGAUUAGUGACAAAUGUUUGCAUUAAAUGUUUUAGGCGAAAGGAAAAUCAAAAAUCAAUUGGAUGAAAUUAAAAUUUGCGUACGUAAGUAGCACGAUCAAUAGUAGCUGAUCGCGUUGGUGUGUGUUUGUCUGUGACAGAAUAUAUGUGUGGUGAUCCUUUAAUAUAGUAUAUUCAUACGAGAAAUCAAGGGAACUAGAAUCUACUUACUGUAAGAAAAGUAAAAAACUCUGAAAAAAUAAUUAAUUACAACAAAUCUUCCUUGCUGUACUUUCUUUUCGGUCUUUUUUCUUGCUGUGCUUGCUUCCUCUAUAAAUAUGCUAAGCGAAUGGUUUUUUUUUUGUAUUUAACAAGUAGUUUGUCACAAAAUUCCACAAUGUGUGCGCGUGGACAGCAAGCAAUAUGGUAGGCGUAUAAUCGGAACAACAGCAAAGCUGAGGUAUUGAUCAAUCAGCUGAAGGGAGUGAAUAUAGCAACAGAGGAAGUACGCCAGUGUAUAGUGCGGAAUAAUACAAAACAAAAUUCUAACCAUACAGCCAUCUUGAAUGUGAUUUAUGUUCCUUGAGGUGUGUAGAACAGAGCGUGUAAAAAACGAAGGACGAAAAAGCAAGUAACAAACAAAACCCCCCCCAAAUAUGCAUAUGAAGCCGAUAUUCACCCGCAUUACAAGCCAAAGAACUCUCAAAAACGAGUGAAGUGAACUUUAGAACCGUUUGUCGGUGCACCGGAUCGAAUCCUGCGGGCGAUGAUCACUAAUCUACAUCAGAUAUACAUAUCAUCGUCAAGCAAAUCAAUCAAUAAUAACGAACGAGCGAGAUUACCAAUAUUAGUUUCCCGGUUCGAGUUAUUCUUGGGUAGUAUAUAGAUGCCCGGAUUGGUUGUGCAGAAACGAAUGAAACCAAUGAAACGAAUAUCAAGAUACACUACUCCAAGUUUCUCCUCCUGCUGGAGCAAUGACGCGUGCCAAUAACAACGGAACAGUACAUAAAGGAGACAACCUAAAUUUCGACGAGGAAUGAAACAAAAUGUCUACUACAACUGUGUGGAGUUGAAGCUAAUAGCCUAAGUUGCAAACGUUACACAUCAACUCCAGUCAACAACAUGACAACAAACACCGAUGGUUGGAAUGGGAAAAGUCCCGUGUAUACGACGAGUGUAGCAAAAAAAAAUAGAACCUAUUUUCUAAAGUACAAAGCCAACUCUUUCGACCACAUAUGAAUCGAGUUUGGAACUGUUCCGUAUGCAACCGAACCAUUCGGAGAUGAAAGCAGUAUCGUCAGAUCAAGAAACCCCCACCCCAAAAUGUGAUCGAUGCAUCCAGAAGCAUCAAUUCACGGACAACAAAACAAAAACAUACACAUGCCGGACUGCCAACGAAAACUGACCACGGUUUUCUUACACGGAUUAACGCUUUACAUCCUAAUCUCAUGUGCCACCAAUGUACUUAAUCCACCAGCAGCAGCAGCAGCAGCUCCGUUCGGUGGUUUAACGUACAAUGAUGUGCUUGCUCGUUGGCUAAACAAAAUUAAAGUCCUUUCCUUCAACGAGGCGUAAGGUUUACACGAGUGUUGAAUGAUCUUAUAGGGUAUGUGAUGGUGUGGUGUCACAAACUCCACAUCUCUACACUAACGUAUCGAAAGCAACACUAUUUAGUACCUGUGAGUGACGGAACAGAAAUGAGAACACUGCAGCCCCGUGCUUAGAGAGAUGAUCAUGUCUGUGUACAUGCAAUCAAACUGAGUAGAAUGGGCAGCUGUUCUUCUAGCGACUGGAAAGGAUAUCGAAUGAGUGUAGUUGAAGCGAAAAAAAAAGAAAGAUCGGACAAGAAUCAUUAGUUCAUCCAACAGUUUCGAAUGUGUUCGUGAAAGCCCAGAGAUACCGAAUACUGGUUACUAAACUAGACAUAAGUGCUCUAAACUGCGAGGAAAGAAGCUGCAGAAACGUUUAACUGAUCGAUGCUACUAACAAGGUGCUAACAGAACAAAAACAAAACGGAAGCUACGAACAUUAAAUGCAAAAACAAAACACGUUACACUGCAUUAACGGCGUAAUGUAGAAUUAAAUUUGAUAAUGGAAACCCAUAGUAUCUAGUGAUUCGCUUUUAACUGUGAGUUAAAUAAAAAUAGUGUACUACACUGAAGUGUGAAGAAGAGUAAAAUGUAGAGUAUAGUCGAUAAGAAAAUCUUUACUUCGAUAAGAAACAAUUAUUUACUUGGACGAACUCAAAUGGAUACAUAUAUAAAUAUAUAUAUAUACAUAUAUAUGAAAAAGAAAUUAAAUAAUGUGAGUAAAACAUAAUACUUGCUUAGAAUAAGUGAAAUCUUAGUAUAAACAUUUUUGUUCUGAAUUCCCCAAAUAAAAAAAGCACAAAUAUUUGCGUAUUACAUUUGUGUAACACACACAAAUGAAUGAAGGUACCAAAAAAACACAGAAAGAUGAACAAAAAGAACCCGUAGAAAUGUUUAAUGAUAAUGAGGCUACAUAAACGCAAACUGAAAACAUAAAGAGCAUUAGUAUAAAAUAUACAUAAAUGGUGUGUUUUGGUGAAUGUUUCGUGGAAUGGCCGCAAACGCAAAACAGGGUUCAAUAAGACAAGACAAAACAAACUGCAAUCUAACAAGCGGAUCAAUUAUAUACUGCAAAAAAAAGGUACUGAACACAAUACAUGAAACUUAGAACACAUUCGCAAAACCACCUAGGUUACAUAUAGUAACCAAAAGGGAAUGAACAAUGCGAACAGCAUAUACUAUUACCGAAGCGAACGGCGAACACAACCAACCAAUGCGGAACAACAACCAAAACCAAUGAGAGGAGAGACUUUCUCGGGAUUUGGCUGUGCACAAAUAAUAAAGUAAGAAUCAAUGUGGGCAGCAUCCCGUCCCGGAUGAACCAGCCCGGAAACACAGAUCCGAAUGCGAGGCUUUGGCUCAAAUGGGAACUCGGGAAGCGUGAAGCAACACUUUGACUAAACGGUGUCAAAAAGCAAAGGAUAUACUAAAGGACAUCGGUACGAUCAUGCCAUGAAUGCUGUCUGCUCUAUUAGUAACCUUAGUCAUCUUUGUGAAGCUAGUGUUAGUAGUCGGCAGAUCGUACAACAACAAAACUUCCAUGUGUAGAUUUGGAAAAUAAAAAGCGGGCAAUGAAACUUGUGCAACAAAACGACGAAUACCACCUACAAACAACAACAAAACAAACAAACAAACAAAAAACGCAUUAAAUCAUCUAGAGGGCAAAAAACAGUAUUUUCUCUAAGAAAAAGAUGUAAGAAAACAAAAAGGAAAAAAGUGGAUAAAUAGACAGCUGUUUUAAUUGUAUGCCUCAUAAGAGAAUGCGUGAAUAAACAAUAUUAUUCAAGUUUUCAACGUAAAAACAAAGAAAAACACACACAUACAUAAACAAAGUGAAAAGGAUAAUUACAAAUAAAUGAUGCUAGAAGAAACUUUCCAGCAAACGUGCGCACAUGCGUUCAUUACAUUCAUGCGGUGCAUUGCUAGACUGGGAGCCUUAAUAUUACCAAAAGAGGAUGUGUGGUAGAAGCAAAGCGUUUUUUUUAAAUCGGAAAUGCGUUUUUGGGCGGCAAAUGUACACAAAACCGGUGUACCCUUUAAAGUUAAAGUGUGUCCAAACGUCCAAAAACGGCAAAUUGGAAAACAAUGUACAUUAUUAGCAAAACAUCAUUAGUAUGGAUGGCAGCUGCGGUGCAACAGCGCGCUGAACUUUUGUUGAAGGGCAGAACGGAUUUUUAUUUUUAAAUUUAAGCAUUAAACACCAGUGCGCAGGAGAGAAGCUAGAUGAAUAAGUUUUGUCGUAAUACAUUGUUUAAAAAGUGCAAUUAUUUUACAUUCCAUCUAGCAGAGACGUUAUUAUUUCGAUGCCUUAUAAUAACUGCAUGAUUGAAGUUAUUGUUUCGCUUUACGGUUGUUCGGAACACAUAUGAUGUAACGUAUGCUUUUUAUACAUUUGGUAUUAAAUACGUGCUUUUUAUGGUUUAUCCCACUUCUUAUUCAGUGAAACGUAUACCAUUGCGUCUGGAAGUGAUAUGAGACUGAUUUGAAUCGUGUGAAAGAUUUGCCCGUCGGUGAAGCGAGAAACCUUAAACAAACAAGAAAGGGAAACACUUAAAACCAACCAAACUAUAAAUGGUGUGCAAUAGAAUGAAUAGAAGAACAAUAUAUCUGAUGAAAAAGCCAUCCAAUGAAAGGUAGAACGUUUAAAAACCUAAAAAACAAAACAAAAAAACAAAACAAACGAAAUCUACGAAUGAAAUAUGCGUUACUCUAUGUAAGGUUAGCGACGGACACACAUAUGUCAUCGUUUAUCCAGUAUAAAUUGUGGUGGAAAAUAUGCCGGGAAAUAAGCAGAUGCAAACGCGUACAUGCGUGUUAAAAGAAAUAAUAAAAACAUAAAUAAUAAACUAACUAUUUCGGUGCGCGAUAAAUCAAUAAUUUUAUGUGGUAAAACAAAGUGAAGAACAAAAUGAUAGAUAAAUUAAAUAUCAACCGUGGUGUGUAGUAGAUAGUGUGCGCUGUGUAGUUGAUGUGUGUGAGCGCGCGCGCGCGUGUGUGUGUUUGUAUGCUCUCAUAUGAGAUUUGAUGUGAAAAAAAGCUUACAAUUAAGCUUCCAACCAAUAUGAAUAAAAAAAACAAACAAACAAAAUUAGAUUAAGCAUUAAGACGAAACGAAAUAUACUACAAAGAACAAUGUUAGACGCCAGCAGUUGAAAACUUGUGACAUUUUGUUUAUAUAUGAGUAAGAUAAACAAUUUUGCAAUAAGCGACUUCUAGGCGAGAGAUAGUGUGUGCGUGUAAUUGUAGGCUAGUGGGCCAGCUUACGAAGUUUUGUUUUUAAGUUUUUCAUUUGCCUUCAAUAAUAACGAGUCGAAUACAUCCCCAGGAAGCCUUAGCAUCUGGGUAUGACCGCUCACCUGGAGAGAAAACAGCACUAAAAUAAAGAAACUACUACUAAAUAAAUCUAGAUAAAUACUUGUAUGUUGGUUGACGAUGGUCACCCAACCAUACGGUUAACAGAAAAAUCCCUAGUGGAUAAUGUAACGCACAGCGGGUACAUGCAAGAAAGCGAGCAAAACCGUAUAGUGGAGGUACCGGAACCGGUAAGAGCUAGAUCGAUAGUUUAGUUAAAUAAAGCAGUAAGGUGACACAUAUGUUCCUUGUUUUAUGGCGUCUUGGCAGAAAAACAUAACCAAACAACAAAACUAAGAAGAGAACAAACACAGGAAUGGAGACAAGUGGAAACAAAUGUUAAAAGAAAAAACCAAAAAAAAAAAACAGAAUGACAAACAAAUUAAACUGUCAACAAAAACAAUACAAUAAGAAAUUCUAAACAUUUACAUCAAUAAAGGUCAGUUGCAUCUGAUCGCUAUCCAACCGAUCGUUGGAGAGAGUGAAAGUUCUAAAAAGGGUGCGUAAAAUGUGUACGUCACACAAAUACACAUACACACAUAAUCAUGCAUGGGGCCGAAUUUUAAACAACAAAACAGAUAAAAAGGAAACACAUAAAAACCAUACCAACUAACAAACUAAGGAGAAGCAAAAGGCACAGUAUGGAAAGAAUUACAUUAAAAAGCUUAAAAAAUUAAGACAGGAAUGCAACCGAUCAGCAAUCGUUUGAAUAUGUUUUUUGCUUUUGGAAGUAGCUUGAUUUCAACAAAAAUACUAACAUCGCGUUAAAUGUUGCUAAAUGUGCCAAACAAAAGAAAAAAAAACGGAACACAAACAUUACUACCGACCAAAAUUGGUUUUUUAACACGACAACGACACUGAUCUCUGACAAACGCUAAGGUGUAUCAAGAUGUUUUUCGGUCUGCCAAAGGCUGCAAUAUUCCUACCUUCCUAUUCCUAGUCGCUAUUAAAACGAAAAACAAAACACAAAAAAAAAUCAAUCACAUUCGAUAAUCAAACUUCAUACCUCUCCGACGAAGCUUCGAUAUUAAAGCAAGACUACAUCAUACAAAAGCAAUAGCGAGCAAACUAUUUGGGGAAGCAUCAACUAUAUAAACAAUGCUUUAUUUUAUACGGUGGUAAGCGAAAACCCUAGUCAAAAUUUGUCAAAUUAUUACACACUUUUAGCAGCCGAUUUGUAGUAAUAGACCACUGAAACUAUUUUGGUUAAUAUUUGACUUUUUUCUUAUUUGAUGUUUUGUUUAUAAAUUGUAUGUGAAAUGAUUCCACAUGGUUGGAUUUGACUUAAAAGAUAUUAAGCAUUUCGAAGUGUCAUUUUCUUCAAUGAUAAAAAUGCAAAACAAACAUACAGGUUCCAACUAGCUGAUUAGGUACACCGUCACGAAUACGAAUUCGACGGUGAUAAAAUGGGAAUUAUAUUACUUUUCCAUACCUUACUUACCGCUUCUCUGGUACAGGCCACACUGGUAGGCCACACUAUUUAUCGGUACAGCAGGAGACAAGGGAAGGGAAAGAAAAAUAUAUGAGCGAUUCAGUGUUUCAGCUUCAGCUUUAAUAAUACAAAGACUUGAUCUUAUCUCUCAAUCCUCCUACCAUAAAUGACUUUAUCUGUCCCGUGUGUUUAUAACUAGUGCAGGAAAAACAAAGAAAAAAGAGCAAAAAAAAAUGAAAAAGUUAAAAUUUUAUAACAAAAAAAAAACUUUCAAAUAUACGUGAAUGUUUCGAUGUGUGUUAUAUGAGAGAUUCCGCAAUAAUUCUGUACACCGUUCGCUCGAUGUUUAGAAUUCGACCCGUGGAUUCGACGGUGUUUGCCUAGUAGAUGAAUGUGAACAAUUUUAGGUGUCAUAGCUGGAUAGUUUUUUUUCUUCUCUUUGUUGUAUAAGCAUAAAUUAACGAAACAAAACAAAACAGUUUACAAACUUUGCGCCCACCACCUUUCCUCACAAAACUGUUGGAUCAAUCAAAUCGAUGUGUCGUCGUACUUUUAUAAGAUUAAAUUCGUAGACCUAACCAAACCGUGUGCCCGCACACGUUGUUGGGGAAUGUGUUACAACAUCAAACAAACAAACAAACAAAAAAAAGAAAAAGCCAAUCUACUUUAUAAGUAUGCACAACAAAGUGUAACACAUACGCAGUGUGCUUAAACACAGAAAGAAGAAAGGUAAAAAAAACAUUUUACAAACCAAAACAAAUCGAUGCAAAUGAAACUAUAUAAAUGAUACGUAUGUAAGUGUAUUUCAGCCUUCCUGUUGUUGGAACAAAUUCCUAAAAUAAAAAAAAAAUACAUCAAUAAAGGCAAACAAAUGACGCAAGUGAUAAAUAAUUGUGAAUCAUAUUAUAUACUAUAUUAUAUAUAUACAUGAAAUCUAUCUCUAAAUGUGUGAACUAAUAAUAAAACAAUAGUCAUGUAAAGGAUUGGAGAGAAUCUAACUCUCUUCCAAUCUCUUUUUCACUCUUCGUGGCAUUGAUGUCAGUUUUUUCGCAAUAUCUUCUCACAUAAAAGAAAAUGAAAACGAAACGAAAACUUACCUACAUUAUCUUUCGAAUCUAUUUUUGUAUUCCUGACUAAAUGUAAUAUCAUCAUUAUACAAACAAAGCAUCCUAUAAAAAUAUAUAUAUAUAUACAUAUAUGAAUAUAUACAAGUACAUUUUUCAAAACCAUCACAUAACCGGUAACUGCUAAAGGAAGGCUAAAGAAACACACAAAGUUAAUACAAAACGAGAUAACGAUCCAACCAAACGCGUUAACGCGGACCAGCAACGAACACGGCACAUGAUAGGUUAUAUGGUAUCAAUAUGUGGCCGCAUCAUCAUGCAUCACCGCCAUACUCAAUGUCAUCUCUUAUCAUAAAAGAACCUAAAACUGAUAUUUAUAUAUGUGUUCUCGUACUGAUGUAGUCAAAAUGGUAGUAAUGGCAAUUCGUUCAUUCCCCUGGUAAGCAGGAAAAACAUGUAUCACAGUCGAAUUUGAAGUGAAUGUAAACAGUGAAAGGUUCAUACUUUGUAGAAGAAAAAUCUUGUGCAAAAAAAAAAACAAAACAAAACAAAAGAAACAAUAACACUAUUGCGAAUGUGCAAAACAUGACACAAAACAAGGACCGGAAGAAGAAGUUUUUAAACAAAACGUGUGUCGCAAAAUAUCGAACAACUUAGAAAGAUGAAAACUCACAAGCAAAACUUGUAUUAACAGUAUGAUUCCCAAAAUGUUGCUGCGUGAGUGAGUAAUUAGCAGUAAAGCAAGUGGAAUGAACAAGCGGAACAUAACAGAAUGAUUGGAUUAUAUGGUCCAGUUACAAAUCAAACAACAGGCAAAACAAACAUAACAUGUGACUCCGAAACUCUCAAAGAUUGAAGAUAAGCAGAUAAAAGCUAUAUAUAUAUAUAGAUGUAUGUGUAUGUAACUUCUACAGCAAAUCUUUCAAAACGCGAUAAAUGUGACCAAUCAAAAUGAGAUAAUUUUAGUAAUAACAAUAACUAGCACGUGGGUAAUACUUCUUAUACAGAUAAUGUUGAAUACGUGGUAAUUAAUGGUAGUAACUUCAAAAGAACGUAGCAAAAAGUUUAAUGAAAAGAGAAAGAAAGGAGCGUACUACUAAGUAAGUCAUCAAACAUACAAAAAAGAAGAAGAAGGGAAAAAAAUAAACGUCAUACAGACAUUACAGACUCAAACUGUUUAGAGGUGCGGAUUAGAUACUAAGGCACGCUAAAUAGAUUGAACAAUACAAAUAUAUAUAUUUUUUCUUAUUUUACAAUAAGUAAUGUUCGUGAACAUGAAGAUACAAAACGGGACUAGAAAGUUUGCAAUCGAUUAAUAAAAUAUAUACGAAAACGAUGGACAGCAGACCAGCAGUGACUGACAAGUGAAUGUGAAAUAAACUUUAAUCUGAACACAAUGUCACGUGAUCGUAUUUUAAGUGGGAACGAGCGAGAAAAAUUACACAAAUAUUUGAGAGAUAUUUGCAUCAGCAAUAGCAAAGAGAGACGAGUGAAGAACACUAACAAACAAACAAAUAAACAAACAAACAAACAAACAAACAAAACCACACAAAACUCUGAGUAAUAUGAAAACGCUUUAAUGUAUUGAGUCGAUAAGCAGAAGCAAAAGUUGAUGGUGCGAACGAGAAGGGCAGUUGAUUAUCUUAUUUCCAUUUCUUGCCAUUGAAGUAGCGGACUGUAUUACUGAGGCAUAACAUAUGAGUGAUACUCAUUUACAAGGGAAAAUAUUAAAAAAAAGAAAAUAAAACACGUAACUAAAUAUUAAAUGCAAUGACCGAAAUGGCCGAAGGAUGCUGGUAGGGUUGGCUAUAGGAAUGAAGGCAGCGAAAGAGGGAAUGUGUUCAUUAUAAACAUCGUGCAGUAUGGUUUGCAUCUCGAAGGUGCAUGUGAUUGCGAGUAGAUAAAAGGGUUUUGUGCAAAGCUAGAAUGCAUUUCUAGGGUAAGUUUCUGGUGGACAGUACCAUAUCCAUUGAUGCAAUGUUAGAAUGAUGUGCCCUCUGUCUCGAAAGCUAAUCGAGAGCAGAAAUGGUUUGAUGAAAAAAAAAGAGAAAAAAAACGUGAUUAGUUAACCAAAUCCAUGCAUCGGUGCAAGAAGCGACACAAGUAUAAACGUAAAUACGAGCAAUGAAUAGCACAGGGGGCAAAUGUUUUGCAAAAGCAAACCGCGAGCGGAUAGAGAAUGAAAAAAGAAGCAAAAUGGGGGAUAAUAAAUAAAUAUAGUGAAAUAGUCAUGUGAUGUGUAUUUGAUAUAGCGUUACAAAUAGACUAUAAGCAUAUAAGUAAUGAUACACAACAUAAAAUAAACAGCCAACAUUUGAGUUUACAACCAAAUGUAACUGCGUGAGGAAGUAAUCGAACGCAUAACAAAACAAAACAAAACCACAAUCCAACACUAUAAACCAUAACUUUGGUAGAACCUUCGCCACCGAUCCAAUUCACUGAAAAAAACACAAAGGGGGUUCUAUAUGUCGUGUAUCGAAUGAAAGACAAAAUGUAACGAAUGCACUAAAGUAGAACAGGAAAGCAUUAAAGCGUGUGUGUGGGUGUGUGACUGGGCCCUAGGGAGCUAGACGGCCAGGGCAGUGAAACAUUUAAAUGACUAAAUUGAUAAGUGUGUAGGCGAAAACCUACAACAAAUGAAACUAGUGAAUAGUUGUGAGCAAAAAACAAGCAAAAAAUAUCAAUGUAACCGUAAUUGUACUCGUUGAUUGACAAAUAAAGCAUAUUAAACCAAA